AUGGACGUACCUGAGAUCGUUGAGCAGCUUGAUCUGUGGGAUGACAUCGGCGGUUGGUACCGGAUGGCCUACCAGGCAGCCGUGGACCCGGGCAGCCGUGAGGUAACGUCCGAAGAGGAGAUUUCUGUCGAGGAGGUGACGUCUGAACACUCAGGAGAUGCAAAUGAGCUUGAGCUUGCCGCACCUUCGCCAGAGCCCGAUGUUCCCGUCAAAGCCAUGAACCAGCUGUGGGAGGCCAUGCUAGAAAGCCAACGUGACGUGCCGCCGCUCAACGUGGAUGGCGUGCGCUUGUUUCGCUUGACGCGCAUGGCCAACGCCCCUCACAUCGUCGAUCUCCUUCAUGAUCCAGAUGGACCGUUGAAAUCGCUGCAUGACCGUGUGAGAGAAGCGGGAUGCAGCAUUGACCCUGCGGGCAACCCGGUGAAGAUCCUUUUUGUGCCCUGUGCCGAUGAGCAACUUCUGGAGCUUCAACAACUUGCCGCCAAUGGCUUCGAGCUUUGCAGGGAAAAGCACAUCUUGGCCCUGGAGCAGGACGAGGCGCUCAUCGCGCAGGCCUUGCGCGGCAUCUCGCGGAACUGGAAGCUCUGCCAGGAGCUGAAGAACGUGGUGCCGUCCGAUGCUCCUCGAGGUUCUCAGGAUCCAUCAGAUCGAUCGGUCUCGACCGGUGAAGAUGACCAGAGUCCCAUGGUUGUGCAAGAGACCGGCUUCGGCUUGAGAACCGACUCUGAGUUGUUCUAUCCGAACCCAUGGGUAGGAGCUCAUUGA